GAUCGUCCCCGGCGGGUGGCGUCGGGGUGAAGGAGUGUAAGCGACGCAUUUUGCGUCCGUGGCCUCCAGAUCCUCACACACACACUCACUAUAUCUCCUCAUUAUGAAUUCUGAUGAUAUAAGUCUGUCUAGCCUCUCAAAUGAUGAAGAGAUGAAACUAGAUGAUCAAGACAGAGCCAGGUCCAAGGAACAUCGCCAUAAGCACAAGAAGAAACACAAGCGUCAUUCUCACAAGCAUAAACAUCGCCAUAAAUCUUCCUCCAGGAAAGAGAGAAAACACAAAAAACACCGGUCAAAACACAGACAUAAGGAGUCUGAAAGUGAGAGUGCAGAAUCGGAGGAGGUGGAAGACGUGCAACUCAUUGAUGAGCUGCUGGAGUCUGGCUUGGAAGGCUUGGUCUCCAACCAUGACCAGCCUCGCAGUCAUGGAAGGGACGUCGAGAUCAUGCACGCAUCUGCUGGUAAUGGUAUUGUGGAGUCUAUGAAAAUCGUCGUUAAUAAUCAUAAUGGGACCAGAGACCAGCCAGUGACUGUGGUUUCUAGCAGUGAUGAUGAAGGAAUGGAGAACAUCGUUAGCGACGAGAACUCGAGAGAAGCUUCGCGGAGGGCUGAAGAGUUCUCCUUAGAUUCUUCAGAUUUCCUCCACAUACACGAAGACCUUAAUUUAGAAGAGCUCAUGAAACAGAAGGCAGCACUGCAAGCAUGUCUUGGAGCCUAUAUGAGUGAUGUGGAUGACGAGGAAGAGCUACCGGAGACAAAGCAGACGCCGGUGAUAGCUAAAAAGAUAGACGAGGAGAUCGUAACGAUCGAGGACUCUGACGAUGCUGAACCCAAGAAAAAGGAGCGAAGAAAGGAGAGGGAAUCAAGACCUAAGAAACGAAAGAGAAGCAGGUCAAGAAGUGAGGUCGAGGAAAAGGACAAGAAAUCUCGCCGGGAUAAGGAGCGGCGCGACAAGGAUAGAAGAGAAGAAAGCUCAAAUCGUCGGGACUAUAGGAGGGAUCAUGACAAAUCUUCCUCGGCACACGAUAGAAGCAAGUCCAGAGUUGAAGAAAGAGAACGCUUGGAACGCAGCCGAGAGAGAAGUCGUGAAAGAAAAGAAAAAGAGAGGCUCAUGCGAGAAAAGAUUCUUCAAGAGCAGGAGCAGAGAGAACGAGAAUGGAAAGAAAGGGAGGAGCGUCGUAAGCGAGACUGGGAAAAGAGAAUGGAAGAACGAAAAGAAAGGGAAAGAUUACGCGAAGAGCGGUUAAGAGAGCGUGAAGAUACUAGAGAUAAAGAAAGAGACCGGCGCAGAGAGGACAACUUCAGAGAGCGAGAGAGAGACAGGGAUAGAGAAAGGGAGAGGGAGAGAGACAGAGAUAGAGACAGAAGCCGACAGGAAAAUGAUUACAGCCGCAAUCGGGAGAUUGAGCGUGAACGGGAGAGGCAGAAAGAAAUAAUAUUUGGUAAAGCAAAGGAAUCAUCAACUGAAUCUGAGCCAGGAGACAUUGAUUUUGAUGAAGAUGAGGAGGAAGAAGAGCAGAAAAUUGAGCGCAUGAGGAAACAACGGGAGGAACUAUACAAAAAAUUGGGCCUGGAGCGUGAUUCUUCGCAAGCAACCCCUGCCAGUAGUGAAAUACCCUCGGCCACCAACACUCCUAGGGACUCUCCAGCUCCUACGUCCAGACCACCAUCACAAUCAAAAUCAGAAGAGCAGCCUGCAUCACCUGCAAAAUCCAGAUCUGGUUCUCCACGGUCGCGGGAGUCCAGCAGUGGCAGCAGCACCAGGAGAAGUCGAAGUAACAGCAGGCAGAUUAGAAGCAAAAGUGGCAGCAGUAGCAGGAAUAGCAGUAAGAGUAGAAGUAGAAGUAGUGAAGACAAGGAGAAUCGGACAUCAAAAUCAGUGAAAAAGGAAAAUGAUAAGGUGGCAGAGGAAACUGAAAAGAAUUUGGACAACGAUGAUGAUGACGAUGAUGUUCCUGAGAAAGACAAGAAGAAUAAAGACAUGUUUUCUGACAUGUUUGGUGACAAUUUUGCUGUAGAUAAACUAGGAGAUAUUCAUUCGGGAGCUGCCGAAAACCCAAACCUCACAGACAACUGGGAUGAUGCCGAGGGCUACUAUCGUGUUCGUAUUGGAGAAGUCUUAGACUCGAGGUAUACUGUGUAUGGUUAUACAGGUCAAGGAGUGUUUAGUAACGUUGUCCGUGGGAGAGAUGCAGCCAGAAUAGGACAAGAUGUUGCCAUUAAGAUUAUUAGAAACAACGAAGUUAUGCACAAGACUGGCAAGAAGGAAUUAAAUAUAUUAAAAACUCUAAAUGAUGCAGACCCAGAUGACAAAUAUCAUUGUUUGCGUCUUUAUCGACACUUCUUCCACAAGAACCACUUAUGUAUGGUGUUUGAACCACUAUCUAUGUCACUGAGAGAGGUGCUGAAGAAAUAUGGCAAAGAUGUAGGUCUUCAUGUAAAAGCAGUGCGUUCCUACACUCACCAGUUGUUUUGUGCCCUCAAGCUGCUUCGUAAGUGCAAUAUUCUUCACGCAGAUGUAAAACCUGACAACAUUCUGGUUAAUGAAAAGAAGCUCGUGCUAAAGCUUUGUGACUUCGGCUCGGCUUCAAAAGUUACGGAGAACGAAAUAACACCCUACCUCGUGGCUAGGUUCUACAGAGCCCCUGAGAUCAUUUUGGGAAUGACUUACGACUUUGGCAUUGAUCUGUGGUCUGCUGCGUGCACUAUAUACGAGCUCUACACUGGAAAAAUCAUGUUCCCUGGGAAGACUAAUAAUCAGAUGCUGAAACUUUUCAUGGAUCUGAAAGGGAAAAUGCCAAAUAAGGUGAUUAGAAAAGGAGCUUUUAAGGAUCAUCACUUUGAUGCAGCGUGUAACUUCCUCUACCGAGAUGUUGACAGGGUCACAGAAAGAGAAAAAGUAGUGGUAAUGCCUACUAUUAAUCCAACAAGAAAUUUGCAGCAUGAAUUACUAGGGGAAGGAACAUUACCAGAAGACCAUACCCGCAAAGUGACACAGCUUAAGGAUCUCAUGGAGAGAUGCCUCAUGCUGGACCCAGUAAAGAGAGCAACAAUAGACAAUUGCUUAAUGCACCAGUUCAUUAGAGAAAAGAUGUAAUUUAAUUUUGUCAAGUAUGUAUGGUUGUGAUAAAUUUGUCUGUGUUGGGAAACUCCAGUCAACAGGCUCAAACUGAUCUUUACAAUGUAGUUACGAGCGCUAGACGCGUCAUUUAGUGUACUGUAAAGAAAGACGUUAAAAUGUACAAUGAUCAAACGAAAGUACCGAGAGUUUUUUUUUUUUUUUUUAAACUUUGUGGGCAACAAAUUUGUUUUGUUUAAUUUGCAUUACGGUACUUGACAAGUUGCUAAUUGAAACAUUAACAGUAAUGUUUGUGGUUAAUCCCCCUAGGGGCUCCAAAUUACAUUGUAUUGAGCCUUUAUUAUUGCUGAGGAAGAAAAGUGGUGCAAGUGUUGUUUGACCUGUGUAAAUAUACCUAUGAACUUUUUGUUAUCAUUCAGAGGAAAUUUGUACACUGAUGUUGAUUCAAAGAGUUCAUCUCAUCUCAAGGAUCAAUUUUUUUAACACAAAAUCUUGUACAUGUUAAAAUAGAAAAUAUUUUCUUGUAACAUCCAUUAGCCAGUGAUGAGUUUUAUAUGAUUGUGUUUAUGGUUUGCUUUCAUGAGUAAUAUGCUUUAUGUAGAAUUUUGUUCGUCGUACCUUCAGAUAUACAGAGCUCAUAGAGUGUACAUGAAGUAUACCGAUUGUGUGUGUGUGUGCUUAUUAUUAAGGCUUCAGAUAAUAUUUCAACUUGUAUAUUAUUUGCCUACUUCAAUAUUAUAAUAGAGUAUGAAUGCAAUCUGUGUUUGAAUGCUAAGAAUAAAUGCAGGAGAUUUUUUUUAGUCUUUUUAUUUGAAAUUUUAAUUUGUGAACCCCACUUUACAAAGUGUGUUUGAUUAGUGUGUGUGUGUGGAAUGGGAGGACUUUGGGAAAAUAUAAAAGUAUAGAAUUGUAGUAAUGAGUCUUUAACACAGAUUGUUUAUUUUUUAAUUUUUAUUUAGAUCACAAACAAAAUAAUCAUUGUUUUUUUCUAUGGCCAUUUCAAUGGAAAAAGUACUUGUUGUUAAGUAAAAAUAUAAAUAUAUACAAUAUACAUA